AUGUCUAACUUAAUCGUAAAAAUUGAAAAUUUUUUGAUGAAAGAAACCUUCGAUGCUAUGUGUGGUGCGACAGUGGUUUAUUUGACAAUGGAAGACAGCACCGUGCCUCCAUAUAAUAUUGUUAGAGACUUGGCAGAUCGCGCGGUUAAUUCUGCAUUGACUAAAAUAGAAAAUCCCAAACGAAGAAUGAAAGUGUUAGAAAUUUUACCACAGAUGGAAAGCGGAUAUAUGAGCGUAGUGGGAUUGAAUGCAAUAAAGGAUAGGGAAUCAACACCUGAUCAUGCGGGGGAGGAAAUAGAAGAGAAUCUUAAUCUGCUGAAGGAAAAGCUUAAUCAUCCUAUGAUAGAUACAGACGUGUCGUUAUAUGACGCUCUCAAGAAAAGGGUUAAUGAUAUAGAUCCUUCGGAUCUUUCGUGGGAAGAUCCAGAAGCGAGCAUGGUACUUAGUGAUAAUUCGAAUAUAGUGGAAAGCUUGGGGCCGAGACAGAAGCGUGUCUUUUUGGAACCGCGUGAAAAUAUGAGAUGUGCUCUUCCCGUUUCAGUUGCGUCCAAGUGUAAUGAGUUCGUGGAGAAUUUCAACAAAUCGGAUGAUUCAAGAGAGAUGGGGAAUGUUUUUCAUAAUAAAAGAUGGAAGGAAAGCGAAACCGAUCUAGUAAAAAUAUCAGAGCGUAUUUUAGGUGUUCU